AUGUCAUCUCAACAGGCUCUCAAUGCCCUCGGACACGCCGUAUCUGGCUCGAUAGGCACAGCCAUAUCAACCGCAUCUUUAUAUCCAUUGGACCUUGUCACCACACGAUUGAAGGCGCAACGGAAAACUGGUGCCUCUGCGGACAACUACGAUGGUGUUAUAUCCGCCUUGCGCGGGAUUCCUGCGAAUGAAGGCGGACUCAAGGCUCUUUACAGCGGGCUGGGAACAGACGUAGCCAAAUCGGUCGUGGACAGUUUUCUAUUCUUCGGUUUCUAUAACUACUUGCGACCCCGGCAUCGGAAAUCCACCAUUGUUGAGGAGCUUCUCGUUGGGGCUGUCGCUGGUGGUUGUGCUCGAGCAUUGACCACUCCCAUUUCCAACGUGGUAACGAGAAAGCAGAUGUUGGGGAGUGAACAAUCAUUUAUUGAGAUCCUUUCUGAAAUCCGAAAGGAGAGUGGCCUAAUUGGCCUCUGGUCCGGUUACUCAGCUACUCUGAUGCUUACUCUCAACCCCAGUAUUACAUUCUUUGUCAAUCGCCGGCUCGCAGCACGCAUCAUACCAGCGCUCGAAGAAGAAGAUGUACCGGUAGCAUGGAUCGCUUUCUUGAUUGCCGCUACAAGCAAGGCCAGUGCUACUGCUAUCACAUAUCCUUUCCAGACGGGCAAAACCCGCCUCCAGGUGGCGAGUAGCUCGGGCGAGUCAGCAGGCGCAGUAUCGGGACUCCCAAAAGAUGGAGGCGUGAAGCAUAAGCAUGUGUUGAGAAGAAUCGUCGACUUUCUCAACCAGUCCAUAUAUGGCGUCAUCAUUCGCAUUAUCAAAAACGAGGGCGCGAGAGCAUUAUAUGCUGGACUUCGGGGAGAGCUGCUGAAAAGCUUUUUCAGUCAUGGAUUGACAAUGCUCACCAAGGGUGUCAUUCACAGGUUUGUCGUUCGCGCGUGGUUUAUGAUAUUAUUGCCUCGUCUACGACAAAGGAGAUUGCAGACGAAGUAA